AUCUAUUUAGUGCAGUUGUCAUCAAAGUUAAAAGGAUAUUGCAAUAAAAUCAUAAAAUUGAUUGUAGAACAAUUUUACAGUUAAUAUUUUGUUAAUUUGUUUAUUAAUUCAUUGAUUAUUAACUCUGAUAUUAAUAAAGAAUUAUAGAUUUGUUAUUUAUGUUUUCUAACAAGGAUAACAUAGAAAAUUAACCAUAAUUUUUGACAUCUCGAGCUUAAAAUCCACAGAUUUUUCGAAAUUUGUUAUAUUUGUUAUAUUUGUUACAUUUGCUUUAGACGAAUAAUUAUUAUUAAAUUUUGAAAUUAUGAACUCGAAUUAUGAUGAGUUAAGCUGGACAGAAGUUCGUGACAUCUUUCGAAUUUGGCGAGAGAAUUCUGAACGUAAAAGUAAGGAUGUUGUUGACUUAUGGGAAUCGACAUUGAAAUCGAAAAUAAAUAAUCUUGGAAAUGAGAAAUACUUGGUUUUGGAGCAAGUUUGCAUAGCAGCUUUAGAUUGUUAUCGUCUUGCCUUGGCCGAACAAUGUUUAAAAAUUCUGAUGAAUGAGUUUCCUGGAAGUCUACGAGUUCACAAAUAUCAUGCAAUGCAUUUAGAAGCUUUAGAAAUGUAUGACGAAGCAGUGGAAGUAUUAGACUCAAUAAUUAAAAGAGAUGAAACAAAUGCAGCUCCAAGAAAAAGGCGAAUUGCAAUUUUAAAAGCAAAGGGACAAAUACCGGAAGCUAUUAAGGAGCUCACGGAAUAUCUUAAGAAAUUCAUGAGCGAUCAAGAGGCUUGGCACGAAUUAUGCGAUUUAUAUUUACAAGAGCAAGAUUAUUCCAAGGCAGCAUUUUGUAUGGAAGAACUUAUACUGCACAAUCCCCAUAGUCAUUUAAUUUAUCAGCGAUACGCGGAGAUAAAAUAUUCUCAGGGAGGAUUUGAAAAUAUUGAGCAAGCGAAAUCGUAUUUCUGUCAGGCAAUCAAAUUGAAUCCAAGCAAUAUUCGAGCUCUUUAUGGAUUAUUAUUGGCAACUAAUCAUAUCGCCUCGUCAGUGAGAAGUACGGCAUCGAAAAAGAAAGAAGCAAUAAAAUUGAGUGAAUGGGCUAUAAAAAUGCUGGAUGAUUUAUACAAAUCGAAAGUGGAUGAAGAUGAAGGUAUCAAAGUAGUAGAAGAUUUAUUAUCUCAAUUACAAAUUGAAGCUUAGUCAGAAAAUCGGUAAUUUAGGUAAAUAUUUCAAACAACACACACACAUUGAUACACAACAACAAUAAAAAAAAGGGUAGAAGCACUAAUUUACAUUAUCCAAAGGUAUAACGUUUUCUAUCCGCAUUUUUAUAACUGUACAAAGUAAAAGUACAGAUAGGUUCAAUAAGUGUAAACCACUCUCUGUUUAAAGUACAUAGGUGUAAUUAUUAUAUAAAAUUAAAAAAAGAGUGACUGUUGUUUCUUUGUUACAAAUAUUGUACUAAUCGCUAUUACAUUUUUGAAGGAAUGAUUACUGAGGGGGGAGAAAAAAAUUUUUAAAAAAAUGUUAAUGCGAAACAAAUCUUGAUCAAUUAUCUCGUCUCAUUGUCAUUAAAUAUACUUCGUUGUUUGAAA